UUUACUCACUUCCCAGUACGCAUGUUGACAGACAUCGUCUUGUCUUGAUACUCUCUCGAUUACUGCAUACUCCCGCCAUAAGAGCUCUUGUUGGCAAACGCACGCCUCUUUGGCACUGCCAACAGCUGAGGCUCACCUCCAGCGCCGACUUUUGACUGCCUAAACGCUCUCUCAUCGUUCUCCAAGCACCAGGUCAGGCCUCCGUCAGCCGGUCCAAGUGCCUACCGCAACGGGCCGAGUGUUUGUGUUUCUCGAUCACAAACGGGAAGACAAAUCAACCACGGACGUUUGUGUGUACUCCCGGGUGCCUAGGAGACUACAGCACCUGCCUGCAUCAUCGUAAACUUGGCAGAGUCGCUUUCUGGAACCCCGCAUAAAAGCAAGUCUACGCUUUCACCGAGACCACCUGGAGGUCUGGAACUGCCGGGACUUGGUUCCACACACCCACCUUGCCCACCUAGCACAAAGACGACGAGAAACGCCGUAGCGGCCCGUUCAGCAACCUAAAGCCGACUUUCGCAAAGGCCGAAGGCGGAGAAGUACGAGGAUCGUCGAAGCAGCGGAGAACGCACAAACACAGCAAGGAACAGAGAAAGAUGGCGGUCCAGUGCGUUCAUGUUUGGGAUUUGAUAAAAUCGGACACGAAUCUGUUGCAGUGGUACUGCGGCUUCUGCCACGACGGCCCCAGGACCUACAUCUGGCAGUGCAAGUACUGCACGGUGAAGGCUUGCCGCCAGUGCGCCGGCGUCUGAUCUCCGAGGCGGGGGAAUUCGCGCUGGCGGGCUCGGUGCGGCCGACUGUGUGGUGCGGUGCGCCUGGAAAGCGGUAUGCAGGAAGCCUAACGUCAACCAAGAGGGUGGGGCCUUUUUUUUUUCUCUCUCUCUUUCGGAGACGCGCGGGUUGACGUCCUACCUCGACUCAAGGUGAGCUCGGCGGACUCCAAGAGAAGGACCGGGUCCAGUUUGAUCACCCUGCAAACCCCCAGAUUUCCAGGGUGAUGGAUCCGACGACCAACGGCCUCGGGGGAUCUCGCCGGCUAAGAUCGGGGUGCUCUUCGAUCCUCUCCCCAAUUUACUUCCUUCCCUGGCCUCGUUUCCUUUUUCUCUCCUGACCCUCUCCUCACUUGCACGCACCUUUCGUUCUGCCCCUGCACAGGGCUGGCCCCUUGGCCGGAUCCCCAUGUCUUCCUAGACUGCCCGCCACACCCCUGCACCUUCCGUUUCUCAUGGUUCCAAUCUCGGCUCUUUGCCUCGCCCGUUGCCCGUUUUGGCUCGGGAUUUGGCCACUUCUGAUUCUGUGUACAACUUUGGGAUCACUUUUUUUUUCUCGCUUCAC